AUGAGGAGCCUGAGAAGUGAGCAGGGUGGGACGGACAAGAGGAAGCAAGGUGAGGCAUUGAACUGCUACACGUGUGUCGCCUCGAGCGAGGAGGAGUGCAACAGGCAGGGAUCGCAGAGCUGCCCGCAGUUUGCUGACAGCUGUGCCAUAAUCACGGGUCCAGGCAGCGUGAUCAAGUCAUGUUCUUACAAGGCCUUCUGCGACCAAUCCCAACUAGCCACAGGUGGAAUCAAGAUGGACUGCUGCUUCACAGAUGAAUGCAAUGGGCCAGCCAAGGGCAAAAGUGCCAGCACUGGAAACAACGGCACUUUAGUCUCCCUCAGCACCAAGCUCAUCUUCAGUGCUCUCCUUGCUCGCUGGCUAUUCUGUAGACUUUGA